CUUAAGUACACACAAUCUUCGUUCGUUCGUUCGUUCGUUCGCUCGCUCGCUCGUUCGUUUCUCUCCCUCUCUUGCCCAUCAACGGACAACGGGCUCAUGUCCGAUCCGGAAUUACCACCAGCUCGUUUUGGAAACCGCGCCCAGGUGCAACUCUAAAUAGUGCGGUCCUUCAGGAACUCGGUCAGCCAAACUCAGCUUCAUAGAGCAUCCCUUUCCAUAUCGCGUCCGCAUCAGCUGAGUCCGUAGGCCCGUCUGUCUAUCCAUCAUCUCGCUUGCCUCGCAUGUCUGCUAUCUGCCGUCACCCAGACUGGUCACCAGCCCCGUCCGUCGAUCGAGGCAUGGUAAACACGUUCUUGCUAGCUCCAUCCUCCGAGAGCCUCAUUCCUCGGCCCUCCGACUUAUCGAUAUCCGAUGGUUUCCGGAACCUGGUCCGCUUUACUCACCUGACAUCCUUUUCGCCUUCUCAAGCCGUAAUGUCCGUUCCUUCUCACAAACGGCAUCCGCCACAUGCAACGGCCCUGCCGCGUAAUCUACGAGCGCUCCAGGGCCUUUGCGGUCAUAGCCUCAAAUGUCCGUUCGUCGUUGGCCAUUGGUAUACCAAAUACGGACCCACGGCGCCUUUGCGCCGCUAUGGCCCUGUAGGGCCAUCAGUUCCUAGUCCGACACAUAUCUUGGUCUGGCGCUUUGGGAUCUUAGCUGAUCCCCAUUACGAACUACGCACACAUCGGUCCUUCUUCUCCACUUCCUUCCGGGAACCUCUCGGAGCCGAUCCUUGCGCUUAAAGCAUAACAUACUGAGGUUCUUGGUCGGUUCAGCUAAAACGAUGCGAGACUUGAUCCUUGUUUCGGUCAGUGCUAUCAGAGCGAGCACGUACCUGGUGUCGGCGGCUCUAGACGGAUCAAUCGAGAAGUUCCUACUUUAAUUGACUG